GGGGUGCAGACGACGCCGUGUGACGCGUGUAAAGGAGAUGAAAUUAAUUAACUUAUGUCAACAUAAAACAUGUUAAAAUUAUCAAUACACUUUAUUUACGUUACGUAUUUAGUAUAAACAGUGUUACCAUCAAGUGACAUCUCCGGGAAAGCUUUGCCAGGAUUUGAGCGCUUCUUGCUACGCCUCAGGAUGAAUCCACAAAGCUUGGCCCGAAAUAGAUUUGGCUAAGUUUCCUGUGGUCGGUGAGACUCAAGAGUGUGUCAAUGAUUCUGUGAUUCUCAUGUAGUUCGGCGAGAGAUAGUGAGUCCUCCACUGUCAAAGUGGCCGCCAGGAUGCCCUCAGGAGCCUCCAUAACAUCAAAACGGGCACGACCUGUAAGGUCGGCCAAGUCGCCAAUCGAGAAGGGUCGGUGGGCAGCCAAAGGCACCAAGCCCCUGCCUGAACAAGCCUCUGUGCAACACGUCUUGAGUUUAAUUCUCGUUCAUGGCUGUCGCAAAGUUCUCUUCAUCCAAACUGAAGUCAAGAUAACACUGUAUUCUAUUGGACUCUUCUUUGGUUCAUUAAUAUGUGAUUUCCUACCCUUGCCAAAAGUUUAUAUGGCUCAAAAAGAUAACAUUUUUAAUUUAUAUUUUGUAAAAGUAGCUUGGGCUUGGAUGAUCCUUGUGGUUGGAGCUUUCAUUCUUUUAACGAGUGCCACAAUUGGCUGUGGCCAUCGAGAAGUCAUCCGAAGACACAUGUCUAGAUUAGUCGUUGGUACAUGUCUGUGGUACUUUUGGAGCCAAUGCUUCUUUGGCUUCAUUGAAAAUCGAACAGGCGCAUGCCUUGGGAGAGCAAUAAUAAGGAAUAAGUUGGACUGUAACACUGGAGGUUUCCACUGGCAUUCCUUUGAUAUUUCAGGACAUGCUUUCCUGCUUGUGUACAUCAACUUGUUUAUCGUGGAAGAAGCCAAGGCAAUUGUAGGAUGGGAAGGCAUACGAGACCAGAUACGAAUAGAGGACCACAAUCGAGGGGAAAGUCAAAGUGAUCCCAAUGAAAAUAAAACACCCCUGGAGGGUCUCACUGGGGAUGAGAUGUGUGUACUAAAGAUGAACUAUGAACAAUUCACGCCAUACAUCCGGGCCAUUUUUUGCAUCAUGACAAUCUUGAGUGUGUUUAGUGAUGUGAUGUUGACAUGCACAAUCAUAUUCUUCCACACCAUGCCACAGAAGGUUGCUGGGAGUGCCAUUGCCAUAGCAACAUGGUUCCUAACAUACAAAGUGUGGUUCAAAGCUGAUGCAUCACCUGGUUUGCCUGGCUUGGGGGUUUUCCAGUAUCAGAAUUUAAAAGAGAAGGCUAAAGAAGUUCCCCUUCGAAGGCGUACUUCAAUCUGCAAGGAGCACAGAGAUAGCUUACCAACCUUUAUGGGAAUGCCAUUGUAUGGCUUGAAAAAGGAAAAAGAGGAAAAGAAAAAAGAAACUGAGCGAGAGGAUGAUAAAGCAGGACUGGAAGACAUGGGAGACAUAUCAGAUUUUCGUGGUUUUAGGAAUGGACCAUAUGGUGAUUCUGGCUCAAAUAGAUCUUGGAGGAGGUAGACCUUUCUCCUUAUAUCAGAAGGCUUCUUUAGCAUUCAAAUGGCAAGAAAUAUUGCUGGAAUUAUCAGUUGAAAUAACCUAGCUGAAAUACAUAUAUCAUCGCACACUAUUAAGGAUGCUGCAUGUUUUACAAUUCUUUUGGGGGGAAUUCAUUGUAACUGAAUUUAAUUAUUUUCUAGAUCAGCGCUUGCUAUAAUUAUGUUUCAAAUGUUUUAAGCAGCUUUUAUUAGAUACUUCUUGAACAAAUAAAAUUCAUAGUUGAACACUGUACAGUACUGCAUAAAGGUUAUUAAAAAGGAAUUACGGAUAUGCAUAGUAGUAGUGAUAUACUGUAUUAAAAUUUUAUAGUACGAUACUGAAUGCAGUCAUCACUAAACCCAUGUCACAAGUUAAUUUCAGAACAGGUGUUUACCAAAAGCAGCUUCAAAAGACGUAAGAACUCGCCUCUGUUUAUAAUGUAUACUACUGUGCUUUGUAAAAAGUUUUCAUCUGUGAUCAUAAGCUUUGUAAAAUUAAGAGUCUCACAGUAUUAUGAAACCCAUUUACAAAUAAGCCAAAAUGUUUUAGUGUUUUGCUUUAUUUAUGCUUUUUUUUAUGUGCUGUCAUUUCCUAACAUGUAUGGGUAAUCCUUGUACGUUCCUCCAUACACCGGUAACUUUUUAAAAAUAAUUUUUAAUUCACUGCACCAGUUGUUAAGGAAUUGCAUGGUGCUUUCUAAUUGAUCUAGUUAUUGUAACAGUGUACUGUAUGUAAUAUUGCUUGUAGUGCUUCAUAAACUUUCAUCCUUUAUGGUUCUUUUAGUUCUGCUUCAAUUUUUUUUUUUU